ACAAAGGCGAACACCGGCGAGAUCGAUUUGAACGGUGACGGCUAAUGUGGCGGCGAAGUAACUUACCGGUGAAUCCAGAUUCCGAUCAGAGCAUAUCUGAGGAAGAGGAGGAGGAGCAAAAUGAUCUGUGGCCAAGCGAGAAUGCAAAGGAAGAAGAGGGAGGAUUACUACUUCAAACAAAGCUCGAAAAACUCAUAGGUUGUGGUGAACUAAAUUAUGCUAGGGAUCCCGGUGAUGUAACUCUGGAAGCAACUCUACGGAAGAUAUCAUCGGAUGUCGUCCAAGUUCCUGAUUCCCCUGAGGAGACUUGUUUUACUUCUUCAAGAAGAACAGGAUUAGCAUGCAUAUCUGCUCAGGAAAGCGGGUCAGAUGAUGAGAUUCAACAUGAUGAACAAGUGGCAACUUGGUCUGCUAUAAGUAAAGAAACCAAGUCACUAAUCCAUUUUAAUGGUAUUGCUUCAGUCGCAUCAUCCCAUCUAUCUGGCUUCAGAGCCAAGAGAGGUAGUAAAGUUGUCAAAGAUCAUGUGAGGCCAAAAUUUUCAUUUAACUCACAUACUCAUGGAGAAGCGUCAUCCAAGAUAAGUGACAUGGCUGAAAUCUUUGAGCCUGAUGCGGAGGAUCAGGCCAUAGAAGAGGAUCCAAUUGUUGAAUGCCUCAACAGUUUAGAUGAAAGAUCAGAAAACAGGCCGGGUGUUUCUGUUGCUGAGUCGAGAGAGGUUCUGCAUGGGUGCACUGAAGAUGCGAUACACAAGCUUCUAGAAAUUCCUCGAGAUAAGAUUAGACUGAUAAAAAGAAGCUCUAAACUGUACCGCAGACAUGAAGCAAAAAGUCGAAAAUUUGCUCAUAAGGGAAAUUCAUCUAACUUCCAAGAUAGUGAUACUGAUGAUGAACUUCCUGGACCUAUGGAUAGUGGAUCAUCAAGCGAUGAUGAGCCUAGUUAUCGAAGCUCAGUGCCAAACAUUUCUAACCAGAAGAAACAAUUUGUUGGAGACCGGUUUGAUGAAGCGAUAAAAGCUUCCUCUUUGAGCAAGGAAGGUCUCUUGUUCGGUUCACCUAAAUUAUCUGGUGGCUCUAGCCUGUAUGGCAAGCUACAACAGAUCAUGAAACAAGAAAAAGAGACAGAAAUGGAAAUCACAAGGAAAUUGCAAGGCGGAAUCGAACAAGCAGAUACAUCGAGCUAUGUUGACGUAGAAAUCAUAUCAAGGCACUUGGAGGGAAAGCUGGUUGUCUGCAAAUGCUCCAUCAUUGACCUUUCUGGGGACUCCCUAUUACUCAAGAACACACAAGCUCUUGCGGCCAAAGAAACAGAAACAACAAUUAUUUUUAGUCCUAAAGUUUGUGCGGAUGUUGAUAUCGAAAUAAGGAACUUUAUCCGAGUAUAUGCACCAUGGAAGGAGUUGGAAGUGAAGAAAACCAAUGAUAUGGUGUUCAAGUUAUUGCCAAACUGGAAACGUGCGGCAGAAGUCAAAAAGCUCGGUUACAAGGUUCAUGGCGAUCCUUUCUCCACCAACACAAGGCGUGUCCUCGCUGUUCUCCAUGAGAAAGGACUCUCUUACGAGCCCAUUACCGUCAAAUUGCAAACCGGUGAACACAAAAGGGAACCUUUCCUCUCUCUCAACCCAUUUGGUCAAGUCCCUGUUUUUGAAGAUGGAAAUGUUAAGUUGUAUGAAUCCCGAGCCAUCACGCAAUACAUUGCAUAUGUUCAUAGCUCAAGAGGCACACAGCUUCUGAAUCUUAGAAGUCACGAGACAAUGGCAACUCUAACAAUGUGGAUGGAAAUCGAAGCUCAUCAGUUUGAUCCACCCGCAUCGAAACUCACUUGGGAACAAGUCAUUAAGCCUAUCUACGGUCUAGAGACUGACCAAACAAUCGUCAAAGAGAACGAGGCUAUUCUAGAGAAAGUUCUAAACGUCUACGAGAAACGACUCGAAGAAUCUAGAUUCUUGGCUUGUAAUAGCUUUACUUUGGUUGAUCUUCAUCACCUACCAAACAUACAAUACCUUUUGGGAACUCCAACAAAGAUAUUGUUCGAAAAACGAACCAAAGUGCGUAAGUGGGUGGAGGAGAUUACGAGUAGAGAGGCUUGGAAGAUGGCCUGUGAUCAAGAGAAAUCUUGGUUUAAUAAGCCAAGGAACUAAAUGAAAGCAGAAGUAAACUUUAUGUGUGAAGAAUGUGUUUGUGUGUUGAGUUUGGGUCUUUGUUCGUAAGCUUGUGUGUUGUUUGUUGCGUGGUGAAUCUUAUAAGAUGCUUUGUGUUUGAUGUAAAUAAAUAAAUAAAUAAUCAUUAUUUAA